GGGACCCACAAUAACGGUCCACUGUCUCAGCUCUCUUUCUCUCUCUCUCUCUCUCUAAAAGCUGGUGCGAUAAUCCUUCUACAAUUUGGGAUCUGCACUCUCGCUGCUUAGAUAUAAUUUCCUUCUCUAUCAGAGAGGCGAUUAAGUGAGAGUUGUUGGAAGGCAUACAACUUAAUGGAGGUAGCAAUCAUCGAUUGGAAAAGCAUCGAUUCGAGAGUAGUGAUAGACGAUUUGUAUGAGCACAUCAAUGCUCCUAAAUGGGCGGAUUUAACCGCCCAGGAUGACCCCGUUGAUGAUGAAGCCUGGUUCUGCCGCCCAGAUUGCAAUCACCCCAAGAAAGUUGAAGACUUCUUCAAUCACAAAGACAGCUCUCCCAUCUCCAAUCCCAAGAUUCAAAGAUCAGCUAGCGUUUCCGAUAUUCCUCUGUAUCAACGAGGCAACAGAGAUGGAACACUGAAGAAGAGAGGGACGAAUCAACCUAAUUUCGUAUCAGAUGCUGAAAAUCAAGACCCCAAUUUCUCAACCCCCCUACAGUACAAGGCUAGGGUUGGAAAGGCCACAAUCAAAUCGAAACAAGACAGUGAUGCCGGCGAACGAGCACCAAAGCUGAGAAGCACUUUGUCUGCAAGGAAUUUGUUCUCGGGCACGGACUUGCUGAGUAAAGUUUCUGAGUUUUGCAAUGAGUUGAAGAAAUUGACUACGAGGGCUCAAGAAAAGGAGAAUCACGCAGAAGAAUGCGCGAGCGAUAGAGAGAAAGAGAGGAAGCCGUUGCUAGAGACGGGCAGUUCCAAGGGGAGGCUGAGAAGGAAGAAAAGGAACGACGAUGGAGAGAACACCCCAAUUAGUGUGGACGUGAAGAGCAUCAAACACCUUGAUGCCGAGGGCAGGCUGCCAAUCCGCAAUUGCCCGCCCACGCCACAGUGCUUCUCCGCCACGCCCAAGCCUUUCAGACCAAGGCCUCUGGAGAGAGGGAUUCUGCAGGAGCUGAAGCAGAUGGAGAAGGGCAGCAGCAGCAGCAAUGGAGGAGGAGAGGUGGCUGAAAAGGAAGCAAGAUCUUUGGAUGUUUUCUGGUUCCUAAAACCUUACACUCUAUCAAGUUAAUUCCAACUCAUACACAAACGAAUAAUCAUCAUUCUUUCAUUCUUUAAAUUUUUUUCAAUCAUUCGUGUGGAAUUACAACAUUUUAUAUAUUCUAUUCAUUUGUUAUUGAUGGCACAGAUUUAUCAAAUAAAAUUCACCAGUUCUUUAUAUAAA